AUGAGGAGUAUGAUGUUGGAGGAUGAAAUUGGGAAGGUGGAUACGGAUCGUGGUGGUAGAACACUAGUGCAUUGUAUGGCUGGCGUCUCUCGUUCUGCAUCAUUGGUGAUGAUCUAUUUGGUAAAACACGAACGUAUGACACUAAGACAAGCAUAUCAUUUCGUACGAUCAGCACGACCAGUAAUACGACCGAAUGUUGGCUUUUGGAAGCAAAUGGUCGAUUACGAGAAGCGAUUCAGAGGUGUGUCAUCGGUGACGAUGGUUAUGACGAAUCAAUGCGAUCUUCCAAUUCCUGACAUUUACGUGGAGGAACUGAAGCGAGCUCAUGAUCGUGAACAACUGCAACAGAAAACUAUAGCAACCGCUUCUACUAACAACAGCUCGUUGAUUCGACCUCCGCCACCGGUGUUAUCCGUCACAAAACGUCGAGGAUACUCGGCGAGUGAUUUCCGACCAAUAACAUCGACAUUACGAUAUUCGACGUCACCAGAAGCGUCUUCAAGCAGUAUGCACUACGGUUUACUCUCACCAUCACCGCCACGAAAGCCUCGUGAGAGUCUUUUCAGUAUCUACAGGUCAGCAUCACGACCUUUCUUCUCGGCAUUCUAA